AUGCACAUUUCUGAAUUGGAUACACCUGCUCUUACCGUAGACCUUGAUGUUCUUGAACGUAAUAUCUAUAAUAUGGCAGCUCUCUGCCGAGAGAUUGACAUUGAUUUGCGCGUUCACACAAAAACUCACAAGGUCCCGGAGAUUGCCGAAAUGCAGGUCGCUGCUGGCUCAAAAGGGAUUACCUCCCAAAAACUCGGUGAAGCAGAGGCUAUGGUUGAUGGCGGACUUGAUGACAUCCUGAUUCCCUACAACAUCGUUGGAAAGCCGAAACUGCAGCGGCUGACACAGUUGGUCAAACGGGCGAAGAUUACCGUUGCCCUUGACUCGGAGAUAACUGCCGAAGGAAUCUCUGAACAGGCUGUGGCAGAUGAUUGUACCGUGCGCGUGGUCAUUGAGCAGGACACAGGGGGACGCCGGGUCGGCGUGCAAUCCCCACAAGCCACGCUUGAACUCGCCCAGAAGGUGACGAAGAUGUCAGGACUUGAUUUUCAGGGCAUUAUAACCUAUGGGAGCAAUAUUCGCGCAAAACCCUUCAUUGAUGAAACGGUCAAUCUCCUAAAUGGUGCAGGUAUUCCUAUCAAUAUCAUCGGCGGAGGUGGGACAGGUGCUGAACAGGCGUCAAAAGAUAUUGGCUGCACGGAAACGCGCAGCGGCUCGUAUGUCUACGAAGGCAUAACGCGCAUUUCUGGUUCGGAGGCACUCAAUCCGGACCGAUGUGCCUUGCGGAUGAUUGUAACGGUCGUGAGCACCCCAACCGCAGAUCGAAUCAUCGUUGACGGUGGUGCCAAGACGUUCACCAGCUAUCCGCCCACGCCCUAUGGCCACAUCAUUGGACAUCCAGAUGUCAAAAUAUAUGGGAUGUCUGUCGAACACGGACAUCUUGAUGUGAGUGAAUCGCAGCAUAAAUUCCGCGUUGGCGACCAAUUGGCUGUUAUUCCACUGCAUCAAGGGAUGACAAGCAAUCUGCACGAUGAGUUGGUUGCAGUGAGAAAUGAGCAGGUGGAAACCGUUUGGAAAAUCGCCGGGCGCGGCAAAGUCAAAUAG